AUGAGCUUUAGAAAAUUUCUUUUCGAAAAUGAAGCUGUAGAUGGUAUCAAAGGCCCUUCAGAUUACCUCUACAUAAAAAUCCUGCGUUUCACACUUGACGUCAUCAGAUCUUGGCCUCGGAAGGAAUUAGGGGAACCCGAAAGUGCUAGUUUCACAGUAUUCAUGAAAUACUUCUACCUAGUUUUAACUAUAGCUACAGUUGUAGGCUCAAUCUUGUAUGUAGUGGUUCAUGUAACUGAAUUAUCUUUCUUGGAAGCUGGGCUUAUGUAUUUGAUUAUUUUGAUGAGUUUUCUUGAUGCGCUAACAGUGAUGUCACUGACAUUUUCUGAAAAGUACCGCGUAUUGGCUAAAGAUUUCCUUACUCAAAUUCACUUGUUUUACUACAAAGAUCGUUCCAAAGCUGCUAUGGAAAUACACAAAAAAGUUCACUUAAUAUCGCAUCUCUUCUCUCUAUGGCUCCUAUUUCAAAUGUUAUCCGGCCUCAGUCUAUUCAACCUCACUCCUAUGUACAGUAACUUGGCUGCCGGAAAGUACCGGCGAGGGGGUUUAGGAAAUACAACCUUUGAACACUCUCUUUAUUACUUGUAUCCUUUCAAUACUUCUACUGAUGUUAUUGGAUAUGUUGUGGCUUGUAUUUUACACUGGAUUAUAUCAUACUUAUGUUCAACUUGGUUCUGCAUGUUCAACCUAUUCAUAUCUUUAAUGGUUUUCAAUCUUUGGGGUCAUUUCAAAAUACUUAUAAUUACUCUGGAAGAAUUUCCGAGACCGAAAUCUAUUGGUACUUUACAAAGUGCUUAUAAAUAUUCUCAAGAGGAAUUGAUCGAGGUUGCUGAAAGGUUGAAAGAUUGUAUUAAUUACCAUAGAGAAAUUAAAAAUUUCACAAAUAGAAUGUCAGAUGUGUUUGGGCCGAUGUUAUUCGUAUAUUACUCGUUUCACCAAGCAAGCGGAUGCCUGUUACUUCUCGAAUGUUCGCAGAUGACGGCUCAAGCUCUAAUGCGGUAUCUGCCAUUAACAAUAAUAUUGACGCAGCAAUUGAUUCAGUUGUCAGUCAUUUUCGAAUUGGUUGGGAGUGAGAGUGAGAAGCUAAAAGAUGCAGUUUAUAGCGUGCCAUGGGAGUGCAUGGACACUAAAAACCGAAAAAUGGUGCGGUUCUUCCUGAUGAAUGUACAAGAGCCAAUCCAUGUGAAGGCUAUGGGAAUUGCUAAUGUUGGAGUCACUACUAUGGCUGCGAUUUUGAAAACAUCCAUGUCGUAUUUCACCUUUCUACGCAGUAUGUGA